GAAGCAUAUUCUGUAGCGAGGCAGUUUAACCUGAUUCCUCCGGUGUGUGAGCAGGCAGAGUAUCAUCUCUUCCAGAGGGAGAAGGUCGAGGUGCAGCUGCCUGAGCUCUAUCAUAAGAUAGGUGUGGGUGCCAUGACAUGGUCUCCUUUGGCCUGCGGGAUCAUCAGUGGAAAGUAUGAAAACGGUAUCCCAGAAUCCUCCAGGGCAGCUAUGAAGUCGUACCAGUGGCUGAAAGACAAGAUAGUCAGUGAGGACGGACGAAAGCAGCAGGCAAAGCUAAAAGAACUCGGUCAUAUUGCUGAGAAGUUGGGUUGCACUUUGCCUCAGCUCGCCGUGGCCUGGUGUCUGCGGAACGAGGGAGUGAGCUCAGUACUACUAGGAACCUCAAAUGCAGAGCAGCUAACCGAAAACCUAGGAGCCAUACAGGUUCUUCCAAAGAUGACGUCCCACGUGGUCUCAGACAUUGAUCAUAUACUUGGGAACAGGCCGUACAGUAAGAAGGACUAUCGUUCUUAGGGGGCUGCAGACGCAAGCUCGGGGGCGAAGAGAGAUACGCGUCGCAGUUUCCGUACCCUAGUGGUUCCUG